UGUGUACGUCUCUUGACUUGUCAUCUACUGAACGAUUCGAUUGCGAAUUGUCAAACUCUCUCAUGUUGCGAAUUGUCAAAUAACAAAACGACGAUAACAUUAUAUAAUUUAAGUGAAUAAAAAAGAGGAAAAGGUAACAUAACGCUGAGUUAAGGUAACGAAAGAAGACGAGCGUUUUAAUUGGAAGCAUUGAGAAUGGCAUCAGGACGUGAGGCAGCGAAGCGCACCUUACAACAAGUUCGUCCGGUCCUAUCGGUGAACAAAGAGGAAGCCAAACGACGUGUUCUGAAUCUGUAUAAGGCCUGGUAUCGCCAAAUCCCGUUCGUAGUGGACACAAACAACAUCCCAAAAUCAGUGGAUCAAUGCAGAGCCAAAUUACGCGAAGAAUUCUUGAAGCAUAAGGAUUUAGAAGAUAUUAGAAUCGUAGAUAUGUUAGUAAUUAAAGGCAAAAUGGAACUACAGGAGACUAUAGAAAAAUGGAAGCAGCCGACUCACUUAAUGCGAUUUUGGAAGGACACCAUUGAGCCAAAACCAGCCGAUUUCCUGUCCAAAUUCAUUUCGGGCAAGAAUUAAAACCCCUUGCCUACACCUACAUUAUCUUAUCUGCGCGUGAAAUCUUUGCCAAUUCCACGAAUAGUGGAAUUGGAUGAACUGCUUGGGCAGAGAAGCAGUUGUAAAAUUGGAAUGAAAUAAAGAAACAAAAGAAAAGAAAUAUUUUAAAGCCAUCAAUUUGUCAGUACACCAUCAAUGUUGUAGAAUCGCUUGAGAAAAUGGAAUAAACAUAUAGAGACAUUCAUGUAA